CCCACACUCGACAUCUACGGUGGGCACCAGAGAGCAACAAUGAAAAUCACCAGGUCGAGAUGCCUAAUCCUCUCGUUUGCCCUCGUGUGCGGGCUGGUUCCAGAGGUUACAGCAGAUGUGGAAGAAGCCACGGAUGGUCUCAGCACUACCCAGGAACCCAUAUGGCUCACGGACGUCCCGGCCACCGUGGAACUCAUCGCUGCUGCUGAAGUGGCCGUCAUAGGUUUCUUCCAGGAUUUAGAAAUUCCGAUCGUGUCUGUGUUCCGGAGCAUGGCACGACAGUUCCAAGAUGUAUCGUUUGGAAUCAGCAACCAUUCUGAGGUCCUGACCCAUUACAACGUCACCAGCAACAGCAUCUACCUCUUUCGACUGGUUGAUAAUCAACAACUACAUUUGGAUGCUGGAGACAUUGAAAAUCUCGAUGCUGCCAAACUGAGCCGUUUCAUUCACAUGAACAACCUCCACUGGGUGACGGAGUACAGCCCUAUGGUUGCAGCUGGCUUAUUUAACACCAUGGUUCAGACCCAUCUUCUCCUGAUGAUGAAGAAGACUUCCCCAGAGUAUGAAGAGAGCAUGCACAGAUAUCGGGAGGCAGCUAAGCUCUUCCAGGGACAGGAUCUUAGCUGGACCCUUUUCUUUCAUCUCUCUCUCUCUCGUGAGUGUGGGGAUGCUGCAGGUGAGUGUGGGGAUGCUGCAGGUGAGUGUGGGGAUGCUGCAGGUGAGUGUGGGGCUGCUGCAGAUCUAGAUCAUAGGUGUGUGAUUUCCUACCUCAACGGUCUGGACUGGAUGUGGGUGCACCCGCUUCAAAUCUCACAAGAUAUCUCCUACAAGCAUGACUUCCGUUUCCAGAUGUAG